AUGAAAGUAGACCUUGAGGCCCCAGACAGGACACGCAAGAGGGAUAGAGAGGAAUGCUCUUCAGGAAAUGAUAAAGAAAGUCGGAAUACGGAUCCGGUACAUAUCAAAAAGCACAAGAUUUCUGCAAGAUAUUCAUGGUCACUUCGUCUUGUCCACUGGCUUCUUGCCCGCAGUUAUCUCGCUCAUAUUGUUUGUCUCUUUCUAUUACUUGGUGAACGUGCGGAUCGAGAUGUAAAUCCUCCCAUUAAUCCCGCCUUCAUUUAUGCUCAGGUACUUACCUUAAUUUAUUUCUGUUUCUUUUUGGAUCGCGACUCAUAA